GUCACGUCUCUAAAACGGAUAAUUAGUGUUCAGCACUUAACGCAGAUACAUACAUAUUCUAAGGGAACAGCAAUCGGAGUGUUGCAAAGUCUAUGAAAAGCAUCCAACUUUAUCGACUGCGACUUAGAAAUGGCUUCAAGCUCCCAGAAGAAGAGGAGGAAUGAUUGUGUCGGCAAAAAUUCCAAACUCUUGAGCAGGACAAUGGGAGCCAUGGACAGCCUAAGAAAGCAGGGCAGUUACUGUGACGUAGUACUUGUGGUAAAAGGGAAAUGUUUUCCUGCCCACAAAGUAGUGCUGGCGGCUACUAGCCAAUUCUUCAACAUCAUGUUCACUAGCAGUAUGAAGGAGUCCAAGUCCCGUGAGGUGGAACUUCAGAGUGCUGAGCCUGAGGUCAUUGAAUUGAUGUUAGAAUUUAUCUACACGGCUGAGACUUCAGUGAAACGUAGUAAUGCCGUGUCUUUGCUGGAUGUUGCCAACCAAUACCAGAUUGAGCCUUUGAAGAACAUUUGUGAAGAGUUCCUCAAAGGACAGCUUGAUGCAACAAACUGUUUAGGAUUCUUGUCUCUGGCAGACUGCAUGGACUGUCCUGAGUUGAAGUCGGAAGCUCAGAACUUUCUCCAGGAACACUUCACCGAGGUCUGCAAAAUGGAGGAAUUCUCGCAGCUGAGCGUUAAAGAGCUCAAACAUCUGCUGCACCAGAGCCACCUCUUUCGGCCCACUGUGGACGAGGUACAUACUAUUUAUGACGCUGCAAUACACUGGCUGAAGUUCGACAUAACAAACAGAGAGCAGUACAUCGUGGAUGUGCUGAGAAGUGUCCACUUUCCACUUUUCUACAGAAAAUUCCUGCUCAAGAUGUGGCAGGCCAAGCCCCCCACUCAGAAUAAUUCUCAGUGCCUCAAUAUGAUCAUCAGUGGAAUGUGCUACUAUUACCUGCAGUCCUCGGAAAAGCUCAAGUGUUUGGGAGAGAGCAGCAGACGACCACGACGCAAGAAGUUUGAGUACAUAAUCGCUUUGUUUGGAGGAUCGCGGCCGCACUCCUGCUACUACUACCAUCCAAAGAACUCCAGCUGGGCAGAUAUCCGCUGCCCAUAUAAUGAGUGUCGGGACGCCACGGCUGUCUUUUGUGACAACGUGGUCUACAUCCUGGGCGGCUUGCCGCUUAACCUCAUUAGACAUAUGUACUGCUACAAUGUCCUGAAAGACGGCUGGUUUUUUAAGCAAGGGCCUCCCACACCCCGGAGACGCUUCGCAGUCUGCGCCACCAAGGGCAAGAUCUACACAUCUGGAGGCUGUGAAGUGAGUAGACAUUUAGGAUACUCUGCCACGGACCUUUUCGAGUGCUACGACACAAGAACCCAGACAUGGGAAGCCAAAAGCAGCAUGCUGAUGUGUCGCUGCAACCAUGGCUCAGUGGAGGCCAAUGGACUCAUUUACGUUUGUGGAGGAUCUGUGGGCAACCCGGUCUCUGGCACGGUCAUCGACGACUGUGAGACGUUUGAUCCCAGCACCCAACAAUGGAGAUCACUGGCCGCGAUGAAAGAGCCCAGGAAGAACCACGGGUUGGCGGUGAUCGACAACACAAUCUAUGCUUUUGGAGGACGGGGGAAAAAAGGUCCACUAAACACGGUGGAGUGCUACGACAUUGCCAGUGACACAUGGAACGCAGCCCCACGGAUGCCAUUGUGCGGCGAAAUUGUCAAGUGUGCCGUCGUAAGGGAUGUGGUUUACGUGUUCGUGGGGCAUAAAGGAGCUUCCCGGCUUGGACGGGUGAUGGAGUACCACACAAACUGUGACAGAUGGAUGACCAAUUAUCAAAUGUUUCACAUGCCGACCAGCCUGGUUUGUGCCUUCAAAACAUGUGGUGGCGGUAACGAGGAGCACCGCGGGCUUCUCGGAGAUUCCCAGGAAGCGAGCGACUCUGUUGCCACCUUGUCGUCAACAUUGUCAUCCUUAACGAGCACAGAGGCGUAAUUAACUAUAGCUGCCAUGUUUAUGUUGAUUUUGUUUUAUUUAUAAGUGAAAAUA